AGGUCAUUUCCUGUUCAAGGCGCACACUUUUUGCGCAAUAGUCGUAACUUCCUCUUCCUUUGAGUUGUUGUGGGUGCUGUUCGUCAAGGACAUCCGCGCAAAAUAAACAAUGUCUGACGCGGAAGGAGAUGAUACCCAGCCCCAAGCUGCCGGUUCCAUGGACAUCUACACAGCCGUCCAGGAGGUUUUGAAGACAGCCCUUAUUCACGAUGGUCUGGCGCGAGGCAAACGAGCAACAAAGGCUCUUGAUAAACGACAGGCUCACCUGUGCAUUCUCAAAAGUGUGAAUGAACCAAUGUACACAAAACUGAUUGAGGCUCUUUGUGCAGAGCAUGGAAUCAACCUUCUAAAGGUGGAUGACAGUAAAAAACUUGGUGAGUGGGCUGGUCUUUGCAAGAUUGAUAAAGAAGGCAAAGCUCGAAAGGUCAAUGGAUGCGGAGUCGUUGUCGUCAAGGAUUAUGGCAAGGAGUCCCAGGCCUUGGAUGUGCUGAAUGAGUAUUUCCGGUCCAAAAAAUAACCCAAAAGCUGCUACAGUAAAAUAAAGUUCUAAAGCUUG